AGGCAACCAAACAUCCCGCCUUUUCUCUAUUUCCGCUUUUAAUUUAUCCUCAUAUUGUUUUCAUUUAAUCUGUUAUUCUCUAUUAACCAUUAACCCUCCAAGAAUGGCGAUUGCUUGGUCCAAAAUAGCUGCUUCCAUGGAGGCUAUAUCGUUGUCUCCUCCCAUGUCCCCGGCCGUCAUCCUAACCCAGGACGAUUUGAAAAAAAUCGCCGCCUACAAAGCCGUGGAGUUCGUCGAGUCGGGUAUGGUUCUGGGUCUCGGCACCAGCUCGACUGCCAAACACGCCGUGGAUCGAAUCGGCGAGUUGCUCCGUCAAGGCAAGCUCACCAACAUCGUCGGGAUCUCUACGUCGAAGAAAACGCAAGAGCAAGCUCUCUCUCUGGGUAUCCCUCUCUCGGAUCUCGACGCCCAUCCCGCCAUCGAUUUAGCCAUCGACGGCGCCGACGAAGUUGACCCGCAUCUCAAUCUGGUUAAAGGGAGAGGCGGGUCGCUUUUAAGAGAGAAAAUGGUGGAAGGUGCUUGCAAGAAAUUUGUUUGCAUCGUCGAUGAAUCCAAAUUGGUUAAACAUUUGGGAGGUAGCGGUUUGGCUCUGCCCGUCGAAGUCGUCCCCUUCUGCUGGAAAUUCACCGCCAAUAAACUCCAGAACUUGUUCCGACGCUCCGGUUGCGCCGCCAAGCUGAGGAAUGACCGUGAAGGGAAGCCGUUUGUGACGGAUAAUGGGAAUUACAUCGUGGAUUUGUAUCUGAAGAAGGAGCUGGGGGAUUUGCAUAUUGCAAGCGAUUCUAUGUUGAGGAUUGCUGGUGUUGUUGAACAUGGUAUGUUUCUUGAUAUGGCCACCACUGUUAUUGUUGCAGGUGAGCUUGGAAUCACAAUCGAGAAGAAGUAGCUUUCUGGGAACACAAAUUUUUCUAACCCCUUUUAGUAUUUAGCGAAUUAGUAUUGGUUUAGGAAUAUUAGGGUUCUCUGAGCUUUUGAGCUAUGAGCAUGAUGCAUGCCAAUUGUUAUGAUCAUCCUAAUAUUAAUUUAACCUUUGAAGCUCAAGUUCGAUUUGAAA